AUGCAAUAACGACCAAUUAUUAAUAAAGACUUACAAGAAAAAAGAGAUGUAAAUUGAUAUCUUAUAAUUAGAAUGCAGCAAGGUCUUUACACAAUUAUAAAAAGAGUGUGGAACUCAAUUAUUAAGAGUAUGUUUCAUAAACAUCUGAAUAAUAAAUAAAUGAUUUUGAAAGUCUUUCUAGACCUUCAGUAAAGAGUAUGCCUGUCAAGACUAGAGAUUUGUUGAAUAAAUACAAAGCUUAACUUGAAAUAUAACCAAAAUUUUAAAUAGUGCCAAAACCAAGUUAAUAAUUAGAAAUAAAGAAAAAUGUAGAACUUGAAGAACAUUAAUAAAGUGUUUCAUCUCCACGUUCAGAACCUCCAAAGAAUCCUUUUGAAGAUAGUCGUAAAACUAAACAAGAUGAAUAGAAUAUCUCUUUUAGUAGAUAGCAAGAAGUUAAAAUACCUGAGAGUCAAAUUUAAGAAGAACUUGUUUAAACUGAUUAAGAGGGUCAGAAGAAUCCUUUUGAAAAUUCAAGUGUAAUGUAAUAUACUUAAACAUAAAUGCUUGAUCCUUAUGCAAAGACUGUUUCUGAUAGAAAUUAAAUAAGUCAUUACACUAGUUAAGAAAGUAGUAACAUAUAGAAUUUAAGUUAAACAUAAGAGAAAUCAAUAGAUUCUGAAUAAUUCUAUGAUACUAUAGAAGAGUAAGGACAAUUCUAAUAAUCAGGUAAAGUUAGUAUGGGUACUCAAUGUUAGAAAUUUGAUCAUAAUUAUUAACAAUCAUCUAGAACUUAUAAUAGUAUUAAGGAAGAAAUUCAAGAUGAAUAAAGUAGUAUUACUCAUUCAUCUCAUUAAGAAGAGAAAGGUCAUUAGUAAUCAAAUUAAAGUCCAAUUUAUGAAAGUAUUGAUUAGGAAUCGUAAUUAGUAGAAACAACAUAAAGAUGGAGUUAAUAUUAAACAAUUCCAUAAAAUACAGCAUAAUUCAAUCCUAAUGUCUAACCAACCAUAAUGGAAGUAAAAUAAGAAUAUAACAAUUCAUUAUAAACAAAAUAGGAUUCAUCUAAUAAUGAUAUUAGUUAUGGUCAUUCAUUUGAUUAGGCAUAAUAAUCUAAUUAGUUCAAUAAUAAUAAUUAAGGUAAUUCUAAAUUUACGGAUAAGGAUACAUCAAAAGAUGGAAUAACAGUUAAUAAUCAUAUAAUAACAAAGAAAUUAUCAUAGGAAUUAGUAAUUGACAUGGAAAAGUUUGAGAAAAAUAGUCAUUUAUUGAAUAGUAUCAAUAAAACAUAAUUAUUAUUUAUUACAGAGAGAUAUAUAGAUUAUAUGAUUGGAUAAUUAAAUAAAGAUUUAUUGAAAGAGUUUAGAAUAUUAAAGAAAUUAUAAUAAUAUAUAUAUAAGAAAGAUAUGAUUGUAAUAAAAAGAUGUAUGAAACAAUUUAAGAUUUAUAAGGAUAAAUAAUUAGAGAAAUAUGAGAAGGAUAGGAUUUCAAGAUAGUUUCGAUUUUAGAAAUAGUAAAAAUAAAAAGAGAAUGUAUUUUCAAUAUUAAAAUAAAAUAAAACAGCAUAAUAAUAGUUUGUUAAGAAUUUGAUUUAAUUAAUGAAUAAUCAUAAAUAGAAAGUAUUUCUAAAUAGAUGGAAGAAUUAAGUAUAUAAAUAAAAAAUGAAAAAGUAAAUGGAUCUAUAAUAUAAACAAUUUUUAUUUAAUGGUUGGUUAAAUGUAGUUAAAAGGGAAAAGAAAUAAAAAGAUAUUAAGUCUUUAACUAAAUAUUAUUUUUCAACAAUUAAAAAAUAUUAUUCAACUUGGAAAUAUUUUACUUAUGAAUAAUAAAAACUCAAAUGUAAAUUUUUGAAUGCUUAUGCAAAUGUGAAUUUAAUGAAAAAGAAAUUUAUAAUGUUAUAAUGGAUAAAGUUUGUUUAGGAUGUGAAAAGAGAAAAAGAAUUUGAAGCUUAUGCAAAAUAGGCCAAUGAAUACAUUCCUGUUAAGGUAAGUCUAAAACCUUAAAAUAUAAAAAUCUAUAAUAUCAAAUGA